UGUUUACAAAAAGCUAGGGAGUACCACAUAUUCUGCAGUACUAGUUCAGACGUUGCAGACAUAUACAAACUUCAACUGUAACCUAACAACGUAGCUAUAGGUAAAAUUAAAAGGAAGACAGAAUGAUUCAUUGAAUGAAUGGAGAAUGGGUUGUUCUCCGUCUCGUACAUCUGAAUCGGAUGGCAGAAAGAUUCACAUUAACGGAAAUGCAUGAUUCCAGUGAAGAUUGAUGUUGUAUGUUGGUUAUCUCCCCUGAUAUGAUACAGAUUACCUUUAUCUUGAUGUUGUGUUAUGUGUGCUAGAACUUUCAUUAUAUAAUGUUAGACAAUAAUAUUUUACAGAAAGGAAAUUAUGAACACAAUUUAUAGAGCCAACAAGUAUCACCUAUAUUAAUGACAAUGAGGAACACAGGAAAACAGGAAGUAUAAAGUCACUCAGCCUUAGACCAGAGUCUCGUAAACAUGGCGUCCAAUCUACCGUCAAAGAUUCAGUGUGAUGUUAUGAUCAGUUUUAAUUCAAAAGAUUUGAAAUUUACACAGAAAAUUGCAGAGAAAAUAGAAGAGCAGGGUUGGACAGUGUGGUACACAAGACCAGAAAUUGAUCCUGUAGAAGCACUUAGCAAGAAAGGGGAGGCAAUCCUCAGUUGUAAGAUGUUUGUAAUGAUAAUAAGCAAGGAUUCCUGCAAGGAUUCACAGUUUGCGGACGAGCUUGCUUUGGCCUACAUCUCUUAUUCUACAAUAUAUCCUGUCAGUCUAGAGAAGUUCAGAGAUAUCAGCCCUUUACUGGAAGGAGGAAUGAAGCUUAUGCUCGCCAGGAUUAAUUGGACAUUUUUCUUCAAGCCUGAAAUAUAUGAAACCAGCUUGCAGAGUUUGCUAGCUUCAAUGUCCGAUAAUAUGUCAAAUCUGCAGCCACAACUUGACCCGCAAUAUGUUUCUGAAUCGGGUGAUAUUAAUUUUCAUGGAAUGAACGUCAGUAUAAAUUUCGAUACAACUGAUGAGAAUAAUUACGAUGAGGAUGAUAUGGGUGGGGAAGAUGAUGAGGGCAUGACGGAACAUCGCAGACCAAUCAGACCGCUUCAAACUAGACAAACAGGACUGAAGUACGAUUUCUGGGACAGGAAUUUCGACAAUAAAAGUGAGGUUCCAUGGGUGGAAUUCAAAAAAAAAUUUGAAAUGGACUACCAUGACAAAAUUGUAAAACAAUACUCUGAGGAUCGAUUUAAGUUUUUUGUUAAUUUGAUUUACAAAGAUAUAUUUGAUUUGCAAAAAACAGUGAAAAAGAGUCAAUAUGACGCUUUCUGCGAAGGAAACCCAGAUGCCGAUAUGCAUAGAUUUUACAAUCGUCUCCAAGCAUAUGCCACAGGAUACCAUGCCAUGGUUGAAGUAUUCAAUAUGUCAAGUUCACUACGACUCACAACUAUACAAAAUCUUGGAAAUUUCUCAUUUCCCGCUGUUGUGCAAGGUUUAUCAAAGAUGUUAAAAGAUGCUGAUCCAAAUAUCAGGGCUGUGGCAACCAUUGCUUUGGCUAAAUCAGCAAAAAACAAGAAAGCUACUGUUGACCGUAUAAUGGGUAUGUUAGAUGACGAGGACAGACUCGUGAGGGAGAGUGCCUGCCUUGCUUUGGGAUUCCUCAAACCUGGAACAAAAGCUGAAGAAGUAGUGGCUGAUAAAUGGAGGAAUGACCCUAUAAAGCAUGUGAGAGAAGCAGCAGAAGUUGCUUUGAAGAGAAUGGGCGGCGACCAUGCCGCCAAAUGUAUGCAGGUUACCAAGGUGUUGGCAUCAGAAAUGGAGUUCCUCAAACAUUCAGAAUCAUAGAAACAAGAUUGCCAUGGUGAUGAAACAUAUCAAACAAUUUAUAUUUGUUGAAUUUUUUUAAGCAGAUUUAUUAGGUCAUGAUGUUAUAUUAGAACAAAAUAGAGUAGUUUGAUUUGGUUGAAGACUCGCCACUAUAUCAGCCUUUUUUUGCUGAGGCGGUGUAAAGCAAUCACCAAUCUAUCAAUUUGGUUGAAGAUAUAUUGAGAUUAAGAAUUAUUAUCUUUUAUUGUAAGUAUUUACCAGUGGUUUUUUUUGUCAAAUUUUGCUGCAUUGUAAAAUAAAUAGAGAAUAUCAUAUGGCUUUAUCAAUAUCACAUCUGUAUCAAUCCGAGACACCAAUAUAAUCCCAAGAGCUCUGCUCGAGGGAUUAGAGGGAUUAUAUUGGUCGAGGGUUGAUACGGUGUGUGAUAUUGAAAAUUAAAGCCAUAUCAUAUACACUUUAUUAUAUAUAUAUAUAUACCUCACGUAGAUGUUUUUUAUGUGACAUGACGUCAUACAGAUAAGGAGGUUUGAAAUGACGUCAUACAGAUUAUAGGUUUGACAUGAUGUCAUACAGAUUAGGGGUUUGAUAAAGCCUUUGCAACAGUGACUGCAAUUGGUGACGUGACGUCAUACAGAUUAAAGGUGUGAUAAAGCCUACGCAACCUUGUUGAUAUCGAUAUCAUCACAGGUGGCUGAUUUAGCACGCUUGCCAAUGAUUGUAUUACAUAUACAAUUUAUCUGUAUUUACUACUAAGUAUAUAAUAAAUAUUCUUAUUAUACCUUACAUGUAUUAUAAAUAAUUCUAUUGGGUAACACGUUAUCACAUGACAUGGAAUAAUUCAGUUAAUUUUCAUUGAAUUGCAAGGAAGUAGGAAUAACCCUAAAAAUUUACACCAGUGGUGAAUAACCUAUUUAGUUUCUUGAUUUGUACAUGAGUUAUCUCCCAUAAAAAUGAUGUCAUAGACGUAAGUAAGCAAAAUGGCAACGUUCACGUUACAGGAAGCCCAUCAAGUGACAAGGAAACAAGGCUUUGCAAAUGCAUCUAGUGCUGAGGAUAUCUCCUAUAAACGGUCCUUUUCAGGGCCAUUAAUAUUUUACAAAAAGAUUCUACCUUUGUUGUACAUACGAAAAAUUUUAAGACAUAAAUUCAUUUUCAAACUUUAACUUGUGUUUGUUACGAUAUAGUAUUAGGUAAGUAAAACAACCUUUUUGUGUUGACAAUUUUCGAUAUUCACCUUUUCUACGGGCCAUAAUUGUAUAUUAUUAUACCUUACAUAUAUUUCAAACAAUUCUAUUGGGUAAAACGUUAUCACGUGACAUGGAAUAAUUCAGUUAAUUUUCAUUCAAUUGCAAGGAAGAACGAAUAACCCUAAAAAUGUACACCAGCGUUGAAUAACCCUAUUAUUCACCGGCGAAUAACCUUUUUAGUUUGUUGAUUUGUACUCAUGAAAAUGAUGUCACAGACGUAAAUAAACAAAAUGGCAACGUUCAAGUUACAGGAAGCCCAUUGAUCGAGAGAAGAGGAAAUAAGGCUUUUGACGUGCAUCUUGUGCCGAUGAUAUCUCUAAUAACGGUUCUUUUCAGAGCCAUCAAUAUUUUACAAAAAGAAUCUACCUUUGUUGUACAUACGAGAAUUCUAAGACACAAAUUACAUGUAUUUUUGAACGUCAACUUGUGUUUGUUACUGACUCAAGUAAGGGUAAGUGCUUUUACAAUGAUUCAAAAUGCCCUUCCACUGUUAGUUCGGUAUAAUAAAACAAUUGUGGCCCCUUAGAAGCGAUGAAUAUCCAAAAUUGUCAACCCUUAAAAGUUAUUUCACUUCGGGCUGCGCCCUCAGUAAAAUAACCUUCUCGUGUUG